AUGAAAGCUAAAUUCGAUCACGUAGGGAAGUGCAUAUGGGGUCAAGGCAGUGGCGAGGAGAUUUUCAAAUACCGCCUGGGGAGGCCUGCGAAAAUCCAGGAUCCCGACCUAGACUCUCUAUCCACGGUCAGCCACGCAGCUGAUGCUCAUGGCUCAACGCUCGCAUUUCGUUUCAUGAAUGACCCUAACAGCGGUCAAAACAUUCUGUCAAGCUAUGGAUCUGGCAUGGCGCAGAGAUUGGGUGAGAUAAGUUUUGAUAUGAUCCAGAGAUGCUCUUUCAACGACAUCACAAUGGAGGAUGGCUCCUCAGUCUGGAUGGAUUAG